AUGCCGACCGAACUCGAAGAGCUGGUGGAAUUCCUGCACCAUGGAAACACCCAGAUCAGACAAAUCGCUUGCGAAAACCUCGUCGGCUUCUCUACAGCCCAGCCUGAAUUGUUCAAGCGCCAUCAACUCCUACCCGUCCGCGAUUUGAAGCUUCUGGUCCGCGAUUAUAUUCCAAUUGCUAAGAAUGCAUUGACCAUCCUGAUCAACUUGUCUGGCGAUGAAGAGGUGUUGAAACUUCUCGCCGAGGACGAAUUCGUUGAGGACUUGCUUGCGAAAUUGACGAAUGUUGAGGAGCCCAACGCCGAUGAUGUGGCCAUGCUUUUGGCCAAUCUUGUCAAGCACGAAAACCUACAGAAACUGCUCACCCUCAAGCGAAAAGCCUCUGAAGCCGUAUCCACCUCCGAGAACGCGAUCGAUCAGUUGAUGGACUGCUUCGUGAAGGGCGCCGAGGGUGCUCUCAACAAGCGUGCCAAUUAUGACUACCUAUCAUAUGUGUUUGCCGACCUGUCCCAGACGGAACAGGGCAGAGCCUAUUUCACCAAACGUCAGGAAUACGAUGACGUGGUCCCCAUCACCAAGCUGACGGUCUUCACCGAGCACAAAAGCGAUAUCCGAAGGAAGGGCAUUGCCUCUACAAUCAAGAACGUGGCUUUCGAACUCGCUGCGCAUCCAAUGCUCUUUGACGAGGACGGUGCCAAUCUUCUUCCUUACCUGUUGCUCCCGCUUGCAGGUCCAGAGGAGCUGUCUGAUGAGGAUACUACAGACAUGCUGCCAGAUCUCCAGCUGUUGCCGCCCGAUAAGCAACGAGACAGCGACCCCACCAUCAUCACGACCCAUCUGGAGACCUUGCUUCUCUUGACCACAACUCGGGAGGGCCGGGAUAUAAUGCGACGGGUCAAGGUUUACCCCUUGAUCCGUGAAACUCACAUGCAUGUUGAAGAUGAGAAUGUGACAGAGGCAUGUGACCGUUUAGUGCAGGUCCUGAUGCGAGACGAGGAAGGUGAAGGCGAAGGGGAACCCGAACAACCUAAAGUCGAGGCACCUAAGAACCAGGAUGAAGAGGUUUAUUUCAUCAUCCCCCCCACCAUCACGUCGACCAAUAUUCCGCUGCGGACGCGGAAGCUGUCUUGUCCCUCGACCUCGAGGCGCAAGUGGCUUCCCGCUGAAUCGGAUCAGACUGAUUCCAAUUUCGAUGAUUGCGAGAGCGACAAUGGAAACUACCCCGAAAUUGACAAUCUACAAUCCGACGUGAACCCCGAUACAGGGAUUGUUCAGCGCUUUCGCGCCUUCAUGUCGCGCGCCCCUCUUCUUCCCUCGACGCCCGCCCUGGGUGCUUCCACUUACGGAGCAUUGCGAAGCCCGGACGACUCGGAAGAUGAUAUUUCAGUUUCGCAUAGUCGCAAUGUUCGCGGAGGUUCACAACGCAUGGGCUUCGAGAAUGGCAUCGGAAGCUCUUCCAACGCAUCAGGGCCUACUCCCAGACGAUCACAUUCCUCUGUCAGGCGACGAAACAGCUUAUACGCAGAGAGAGCAAAUCGUCGGCCUUCAUCCGCCACGUCCGAUGUGGGAUUCGGUCCUGACUCGAAAUACUCGUUUGCCACUGGAUUGGCCGUACCGGGCAACCCGGUGAUGCAGGAGACACCGGCGUCUUCGCCGUAUAUGACAAGUGAUGAUGAAAAUGUCCUCGAUAUUGACGAUGAUGAUUCGAAAUCCUCGGGUGAGGAUCCUCCAGACAACUCGCCGUAUGCCCAAGUACGAGCUUCGGUUCCAGCGACGGAUGAUAUCACUCUUUCUAUUAACACACCGAGAAUGUGGAUACUAUCUUUAUUAUUCUCUUUGACGGGCUCUGCCGCCAAUCUUUUCUUUUCUUUGCGUUAUCCCAGUGUUGCCAUUACCCCAAUCAUUGCUCUUGUCCUAGUCCAUCCACUAGGAAAGUUCUGGGAUGUGCUUUUCAAACAAACAGGUGACCCUCUCGAAAUUUUUGAGAACGGAUCCCUUCAUCACCGGGAAUCACUCUCUGGUGAGAUAGAGCCGGCUCCUCCAUUGGCGUCCCGAGUCAGACUUUGGUUUGCCCAGGGCCGUUGGAAUGAAAAGGAGCAUGCUUGCGUUUAUAUUAGCAGCAAUGUUUCUUUUGGGUUUGCGUUCGCGACUGAUGUUAUUGUCGAGCAACAUAAAUUUUACAACCAGGAUGUUCCAAUUAUGUAUCAGCUGCUGCUCAUCAUAUCCACUCAGGUUUUGGGAUAUGCAUUCGCGGGUCUAACUCGACGAUUCCUCGUGCGGCCAUCGGCUAUGAUUUGGCCGGGAACCCUGAUGUCCACUGCAAUGUUUUCUACAAUGCACAAAUCUGUCAAUAAAAAGGCAAAUGGGUGGAGUAUCUCGCGUUAUAAAUUCUUCGUCAUUGUGUGGGCAGGGGCGUUUCUCUGGUAUUUUGUUCCGGGACUCCUGAUGCCUGCUCUAAGUUAUUUUAAUGUGAUCACAUGGUUGGCACCCAAGAACGUUGUGAUCUCGAACUUGUUCGGUGUUGCCUCUGGUCUCGGAAUGUUCCCCUUGACCUUCGAUUGGGCUCAGAUUGCUUAUAUUGGCUCCCCAUUACUCACGCCUUGGUGGGCCGCAGCUAAUAUCGUGACGGGACUGGUGGUUGUCAUCUGGGUAGUUGCCCCAAUACUUUAUUAUAAAAAUGUUCUUUUCUCUGCAUAUAUGCCCAUAGUGUCAACAGCAGUGUUCGACAACGCUGGGAAACCAUACGAAGUGAGCCGAAUCUUGACCACGGAUUUUCUGUUUGAUGAAAAGGCCUAUCAAGAUUACUCGCCAGUUUAUCUCCCAAUAACCUAUGUGUUGUCUUACGGUGUUCAAUUUGCUGCUUUGACAUCCCUUGUCACUCACACCGUUUGCUGGUAUGGGAAGGACAUCUGGCAUCAGACCAGAAAGGCUUUUGAGGAAAGACGAGAAGUGCCAGACAUGGAAACCUAUCAGCCCCUUCGUGGAAGCAAUGAUACGGUUCGACAGAGUUAUGACAUCCCAAGGACCGCCUCCCAUGAACCGAGCCAGGAGAUCCCAUUAGGAGGAGAAGAUGUUCAUUGUCGCUUGAUGAGGCGCUACAGGGAUGCUCCCCUCACAUGGUAUCUUCUCGUGUUCAUUUCCAUGCUUGCUACUGCCAUCUUCACGGUGGAAUACUCUGCACAAGGGAUCAAAUUUUCCUCAGACCUCAAACUUGGCCAUUAUAUGAAGAUUCCACCGCGGAUUCUGUUUGGCGUCCAGAUGAUGGCGACUUUGGUCUCGAGUCUGACCCAAAUUGGUGUGCUGAAUUGGAUGUUCACUUUUGUCCCGGGACUUUGCACCCCGGAGGCCAUCAACGGUUUCAACUGCCCCAUUGCUCGAGUCCAUUUCAACGGCAGCAUUCUUUGGGGAGUCGUUGGGCCCCAGCGCUUCUUUGGCCCGGGAGGAUUGUAUCGUCCGCUUGUCUGGGCCUUUUUGGUGGGAGCUGUGGCUCCCCUCGGAGCAUGGCUUCUGGGAAGACACAGCAAGAAGAGCUUCUGGCGUAUGGUCAAUUUCCCUAUCUUGUUUGGCAGUCUGAGCUGGAUACCACCUGCAACCGGUCUCAACUUUUCCAUUUGGGCUCUUGUAUGUUUCGUGUUUAAUUAUGUGAUUCGUCGACGGAGGACCGCAUGGUGGGAAAAAUAUGCAAUGACCCUGUCGGCUGCAUUGGAUUCUGGUUUGGCAUUCGCAGUGGUUGUGGUCUUCUUCGCCUUCAUCUACCCAGGCUUGGUCGAUGGUUUCAAAUGGUGGGGGACUGAGAUCUAUAAACAAACAGGCAAAAGGUUACAUUUCUUCCUUGUUUCCACCCCUGGCCCGACCCGUUCCGUCGCUUUUUACCACUCGUACAACUCUGCCUUGUACACCGGCAACAUGUCGACCCCAACGAAUCCCUCGAAUGCUCGCACUCCAACCGGGCCAAACGGUGCGCCGCUGAUGAGGAUUCGUCGUCCAAGAGCAGCGGACCCUUUGGUCCGACCGAAGAGAAGGCCUGUUCCCAAACCAGCUGGCGCCACUCCCGCCGGCAAUGGAACAGCCACCAAGACUCUUCCAUCACGGCCACAAAAGCCCAACCCCCAGGCGAUCUUUCAGUCCGAGCGACCUAUGCUUGAGCUUUCAAACAAGGAAAUGGCUUCAAAUGGGUUUAGCGGCCCUUUGCUAAGUGACAAAUACUUUGAUUACCCGGUGGUGACCACAAAGCGAGCUCUGAUGGAAGGGCUGAAGCACCACAUCGCGCGAUUUGCCUCAAAGAAGAGCGUCGACCCACGUGAUGAAUCACAAUUUACACGACCAGUUCGACUUCACCGCCGCGACCCGCGUUCACGAACUCACGAUCCGAAUUCAGGAAGAAACGAAAUCGAUGGCCAGCCGAUGGAUGAAGCUGAACGUGAAGCCUUUGAUGCUCGGAAAGCAGCACGCGAAAAAGAACGCGCUGAGAAUCUUUCACAAAUCGCCCCGGCUCUCGGCUCAACCUCGAAACGACCAAAUGCCCCGAAGCAGAAGACGCAGCAGGUCUUCAAGUCGGAUAUGACCCCUGAAGAGAUUGCACGAGCACGGAUCAAGUACGAAGAGGCCUUGCCUUGGCAUCUGGAGGAUUUCGACAACCAGCACACCUGGGUUGGAAACUACGAAGCAGCUCUGUCCGAAACACAUGCAGUCUUUGUCCUUGACAACGGAAAGAUGAGAAUGAUACCGGUCGAAAAAUGGUACAAGUUUAACGCGAAGAGUAACUUCAAGGCUUUGACCAUUGAUGAAGCAGAGAAGUUCAUGGCCAAGAGAGUGAAAGACCCUCGGUGGUUCAUGGAAAAGCAGCAGCAGCUGGAGCAAGAGAAAGAACUGGAAACAUACGCUAAGCAGCGUAAAGUCUACGCCGGAAAGCAGGGUACAGAUGCCGGAAAGGGCGCAGGAUUGGAGGCCGGUGAAAUGGAUUUCGAAGAGGAUCGAUUUGCCGACGACGAAGAGCAUGAUGACCUCUUCAAUGAGGAUGAAGAUGCGAAGGAUGCCGAAAAGAGAAUUAAAGAGGACCAGCUUAAGGCGAACGUGUUCAAUCUCAAGGACGAGAAGGAGUAUGACGCUGAGGAAAUGCGAGAGAAACGUGAGCGAGAGGCCCGACGUGUGUUGGGCAAGGGUGUGCGCAAGGCCCUAAAGAGGAGAGAACGGAACUUUGAUUACAGCAGUGGUUCAGACGUCAAUCCGUACUCGGAUGAGGAGAGCUCCGAUGACAGCGAAACUGAGCGGGCCAAGGAGGAGGAACGCAAGAAGGCCGAAGAAGAAAAGCUCCAGAAAGAAGCGACCUCCUCCAAGGGAACAAACACUCCCUCUGGUCGUCCCAAGCAUACAGAUGCCCUGAAGAAACCGUCUCGGAAAAGGCUUGGAUCACCAAACGCAUCCGAUGCGAGCGGCACCGAUACGUCCCGAAAGAAGGCCAAAAGCAUGCAUCUCCCUACGUCCCAGCCCCCGUCGCGUCCGAUCUCUCCAUCGGCAUUGCAGACUGGCAAGAAACGCGUGCGAAACAUUCCUGGUGGCGCUGGAUCUGGCAGUGAUGUCGACACUGGUGUUGGAUCUGGAGCUGAAAUGACCGAGGGUGGUAAGAUCAAGAAACUGAAACUCAACCCUACUGUUGCUUCUCGUGGUGGCACCCCACAAGGGUCCCGCGCCGCAAGUCCUUUGCCUCGGGUCUCCGGAAGUCGUGCCAACAGCCCCGACGCCCUCAGAGGUAAUCGUGUGUCGACCCCAAUUUCUGGAAACCAGACGUUCCCGACGGCCGGAGAAAUCCAUGCAGCCAUCCCAGCAUCUGGCAUUCUCAGCAGCGAUCUCUUGAAGGUCUUCCGUCCUCGUAUUGGCGAAUCCAAGGAAAAUCAUCGGCGAUUCAUUGCCAUUGUCAAGGAUGUCAGUGUUUACGGAAAAGAGGAUCGGAUGCUGCGACCUGGUCCCUGGAAGGGAAACUGA